GAUUCGAUUAGUCGGCAGUUUGUAAAAGUUCGUCAAAUAAUAACCGGAUAUCCCGGUUAGCGAGCGUUUAAAGUAUAACGAGAAAUAGCGUUACGCUCUUCGAGAAAUUACUCGCUCAUUAAGGUCGAUAAGUUGUCUGAAUAGCACGGUUCAAGAACCAGGAGUGCCAGUAAAGACAGCUACCGCAUCAGCCGAGGAGUAUCGUCGAAUCGCGCGCACAGAGAUCGUGAUUCGCAACGAAUACCACGAAAGAAAUUCUUUCGGAAAUUUGUAAAAACAUGCGUUCUUCGACUAUAUCUAUCUCGAAGCUUCUGCUAUGGACUCGGCUGUUGGUCGUCAUCGUUGCUUUACCAACUCUAGGUUACAUCGAUCGACACCGCCUAGAGACUUACGAGGACCUGUCCGAAGAAACGAGCGAUUUCGAUGUUUUCGAUAAUCUGACUUUCCGAUUUUCCUGCGAGGGUAAACCGGUUGGUUUGUACGCAGACCUGGACUACGAUUGUCGAAUUUUCCAUGCCUGUGACGAUUUAGGCAAAGGUUUCCCCGUAAUUUGUCCGAACAACACCUUGUUCGAUCAGAGAGAACGCGUGUGCAGCGACGAAGAACACAUUGACUGCGAUCGUGCGAACGAAUGGUUUUAUUUAAACGAGUUACCAUUCUCUGUGGACGCGACGGAAGAAAAUCACACCCUGUCGGAGGAAACAGAAGAGAUACCUUCUGUGCUGCCCCUUCUGCUAGCGUGACGCCUAAGGGAUCAAGACGUCGCAUAAGUAUUACUUUACUUUACGUUUAUCGAGAACGUAACGAGUUUAUGCCUGUGAAACUUCUAUAUCGUAAUAAACGCGCGUCUCUACAUA